UCCGGUUAAAAAAGAGUAUUCAGGACUUCCACUUAAGUCACAUUGAGAAAUUCAUCUUAUCUACAAAAGCGAUGUGAAAUUAUAACAGGCGUUAUCGCCCAACUCAAAACCGCAAAACACCAAGUUGCAUAUCUAUGCAUAUGUAUGUGCACAUACAUAUUCAUCAAAUGCAAGAAAAGCAACGCAAGUUCUUCAAAUGAAGGGAAAGACUCAUAAAUUACUCAACAGUCUACAAAAGAAGUGCAAACCUUUACAUCGUAAAUAAGUACACUUUAAUUAAAUAAAGUCAGAAAUAAAUAAUUUUCUUUAUGAAUCAGAUUAAAAAUGAAUAAUAUUAAAUAUAUGGAUAAGCCCGAAACAACGAUUGAAGUGAUACAAUUGCCAGGCGCAAACGAAAACAUUUCCGAGAAGUCACAAUUGCAAAACCCAGCAUUGGAGGAUAACGUGAACGAUAAAGCUAAUGAGGCUGAUGAGGCUGAUGAGGUCGAUGGGGUCGAUGGAACCCAUGUUGUCGACUCAGAUAUCGUUACUGAGGCUCACAAGCAUACUAAAACCCUCAAAAAAACAGAGUUAGUUCGAGUCGACAGUUUCAAUUAUGCAGGAAAUAAGAAUUUGGCGGAAGGUUUAAUGGACAUUGCACUUCUGUCGGCUAAUGCUAAUCAGCUGCGGUUUCUGCUUACGUACAACGAUAAAGCACGGAACUAUUACAUGAGUCUGGGUCUAGUGGGGCUGUCUUUGGUGCUGCAAGUGGUCGUCGGUAUUGCGCUAAUUUUCAAGCGUCACUUGAAGAGAAAUGAUCGGAUAUAUGUGUAUACAAAAGAAUUCCUGGUCUGUGGUGUAUUCGUUAUUACCGUAGUGAAUGUUCUGCUAGCCGCAUUCACCACAACUGAAAACGCGGAAUAGGCAUAGACAACAGAGCAUGCAACCGAAAUACUACACAAAUGAUUCAACUGAAUAUCGUAAAUUGAGCUUGUCUACUAAAACAAUAAAAAAGCAAUAUGAACUAAUUAUAAAAUAUAUAA